CUUGAAUACAAAAUUGUGAAAUGUUCCUAAAUUAAGUAUAUCAUCCCAUGCGACGCAUCCUCGGUACUCGAACUAUAAAAGCGAAAGGCAUCUCAUAUCAAAUCAUUCGCUUUUAGUUACUCAUCCAAUUAUGAAAUUGUUUUUGGUUUUAGUUUCGGUGGCGGUUGCGACCGCAGCUCGCCUCGAAAACACGUACUUGCCGCCAAGCAGUGCCCAAACCGCCGGCGGCAGCAGCAGCUUCCUCAACGCCCCUAGACCGAGCGGCGGAGCCGCCGCCCCCAGACCCAGCGGUGGAGCCGCCGCCCCCAGACCGAGCGGUGGAGCCGCCGCCUUCGGCGGCAGCGGUCCCGUCUCCGCCAACGCCAAAAUCGCCAUCGUGCGCUUCGACAGCGACAACCCCGGGGACGGCACCUACAAAUACAGCUACGAAACCGAGAAUCGCAUCUCCCAUGAAGAAUCCGGUCAACUGAAAAACCCAGGCACUGAUAACGAAAUCAGCGCGGUCCAAGGACAGUUCUCUUACACUGGUGACGAUGGUGCUACUUACAGUAUCACCUACACAGCUGAUGAAAAUGGGUUCCGACCUGAAGGAGCGCAUCUUCCUGUUGCUCCCCCAAUUCCUGCCGAAAUUCUGAAAUCUCUGGAGCAAAACGCUGCCGAUGAAGCUGCCGGUAUUGUAGAUGAUGGGCAAUAUCGAGCUGAGCAUCAAGGUGAAGGCGCUGGACGUGGGGCUGGAAGUGGUGGAGCUUUCUCAGGAGGAGCUGCAAGUGGCGGAGCUUUCUCAGGAGGAGCUGGAGCGGUUUCCAACCAAUACCUUGGACCCAAACCUAGCUCGAGUGCGGGAUCAGGUGGAUACAGAUACUAAAUAAUCGACUGCAUCAAGGCUGUAUUUUAUUAAAUAAUAUAUUUAUUGUUGAAAAUGACAAAAAUAGAGCAAUUUUUUCAUUACA